ACAGGUGGAGAUAAACCGAGAGUCCGAUCAGCUGCUGCUCCGACAUGUUUUCACCGAAGUCGCCCAAAACCAGCGGGACCAGGGUUGAGUCCGCGUCGACGCGUGGCGCAGGGGAGCAGAUCUGUAUGGUUGAAUGUGGCUGCGGGCCGGACUGCACCCGGGGACUCCACACUGCGGCCUGCGGGAGGGGACGAUGCGCUCCGGACUUCCAGGGGAUUUGCAUUGAUGUUGAGAAUCAAGGCUUUGACAACUUGGCCUACGAGUAUGGGAGCCAGAGUGAUCUCCACCUUCCUCCCACAUCUGCCUCCAGGGUGACGCUACACCUCCGAGGACUCUGCUCCGAGCACCAGGCCCGGGCCAUCGAAUCCAGAACCUCCACGCUGAAGGGGGUACUCGGCAUCAGCCUGUCUUUACCCAGGAAAUUAGCCAAAGUGGACUAUGAUACCUCGGCCAUCACAACCAAAGAGCUGGCCCUGGAGCUCCAGAGCCUGGGACACAGUGUGGAGUCGGCGGUGCAGAUCAGGGUGGACGGUAUGCACUGCCACUCCUGUGUGCAGUCCAUCGAGGGACACGUCGCCGAGCUGCCAGGAGUGACAUACAUUCAGGUGUCUCUUCAGGACAAAGCGGCUCUGAUUGUGUUUCAGCCUCUUCUAGUCACACAACAGGAGCUGAGAGACGAGAUCGAGGACAUGGGGUUCGAUGCCACGUUAUUAACCGAGGACCCGUCCGCAGAGGACAUCAGCUGCUGGCAGAGGGACAUCUCGACGCUGUCCACUGAGACGGUGACCGUCUGGAUCGGAGGGAUGACCUGCAGCUCCUGUGUGCAGUCCAUAGAAGGGAGGAUCUCACAGAUGAGCGGGACACUGUCCAUAAAUGUGUCACUGGAGGACGAGAAGGGAACGAUAACCUUUGACCCCUGUCUGACGGCGCCGGAGCAGCUCAGGGCAGCUGUCGAGGACAUGGGGUUUGACGCGUCGCUUCAAG